CGGGUUUGUUGUUUGGUGUGUGAUUUAUUCCAUCAUUUUAGGUGAAAAAUAAUGUUAACAACAACCAAUUUUAUUUUUACAAUGGCCGAUUCACAAGUGGCCAAUAUUGUGAAUGAAAUUUUGAGAGUGGAAACUGUAGAGGAGGCUUUCAGCUGUUUCCUGGUACAUAAACAGGAUCAAGAAAAUGAGAGGUUAUCUGUAUAUCAAAAGAAAUUGUGUGCGGUCAUGAGUACCCCCAGUGCAGAUUUACAGGAGUCUGCUAUUCGUCAAUAUUUGACUCUGACUGCAGUUCUCACAAAUAGAUACAAAAUGAAACAGCUUUUGGGGCUUUUAGAAAAUUUAGUAAAUACAAAUGUACUUCAGGCAAGAAUGUUGUGUGAUUGCAUAUUAACAAGUGAAAAACUUGUAUAUAAAAAUAGUGAUUAUUGGAUUGAAUGUUUCAAUUUGAUCAGAAGAAUUAUUGGUGGUGUCGACUACAAGGGGGUCCGAGAAAUAAUGAAGGGAUGCCGAGAAAAAGCUCAAACACUGCCUGUCAGAUUAAACUCAAGCACUAUGCCACAAAUGAAAGCAUUGUAUAAUGUGAUUGAGUACAUCUUUGAUCGCAAUGCUUCAUUGCUGCCUGCGUACUUUAUUGUCACAGAGAUUCAAAAAGACUACCCUGACAAUAACCAUUGGCCGCACUGGCAACUUGCAAAACUUCUCACAAUGUUUGUUGAAAGUUUUAAGCCAUGUGCUCAAAUGGUUUCCAUCAUUGGUCACUCACAAAUGCUACCGGUGGUUGAAUUUUCUGGAUAUGCUGAUCAUCUCAUAAAUCCUUGGAGAUUAGAUCCUACAACUUUAAAGUUCUCUCUCAAGGGGAAUCUGCCAUAUGAUGAUGAACUAUUGAAACCUCAAAUUGCACUACUCAGACAUGUCUUACAACAGCCUUAUUCUAGAGAUAUGAUGUGCUCAAUGUUAGGUCUACAGAAACAGCACAAACAGCGUUGCAUCGCACUAGAGGAUCAAUUAGUGGAAUUAAUGAUAUUGCCGAUGGAGAGAAGUGAACAAGAGAAUGAAGAUGAUGAGAUGUCUUCAACUCAUUGGUGUUGGUUACAUUUGUCAUCGCAAGUCAUAUAUUUAAUACUUAUAGGAUUUGCAUCCUUUCCUAACAUUGUAAUGGGACUUCAUAACAAAUUAAUUGGUCAUGAUCUAAAGAAAGGUCGGGAUCACCUCAUGUGGGUACUUUUACAAUUUAUAUCUGGAAGCAUACAGAGAAACCCAUUAUCGAAUUUCUUGCCAAUCAUCAAAUUGCACGAGUUACUUUACCCAGAAAAGGAACCUUUGCCCGUUCCCGACUGUACAAGAGCACACUGCACACACCAAAUGGCUGUUGUCUGUAUAUGGAUGCAUUUGUUGAAAAAAGCCGAGUCUGAACACAAAACUAUGACGAUGCCUCAGAAUCUUAAAGUUCAAUAUGAAUUUCUACAACAUCUUAUGACAUCAAACAACACACCGACUCUAAUGGGCUCGGACUACAGAAUAGCUUUACUCUGUAAUGCCUAUUCAACUAAUCAAGAAUACUAUUCCAGACCAAUGGGUAUAAUUAUAGAGACAUUGUUCGGAAGUCAGAAAGCCAUGCCUAAUGGCAAUCCAGCCACACCUUUACCGACUGUUCCAUUGUCAAUGUGUAUUUUGGACAGCUUAACUUUGCACUGUAAGAUGUCAUUAAUACACUCAAUAGUAACUCAUGUGGCAAAGUUAGCUCAAAAUAAGACAAAUAUACCAGGGAGCAAUAUGAUGGCACCGGCUCUCGUAGAAACUUAUAGCAGGCUGCUUGUUUACACAGAGAUAGAAUCGUUGGGUAUCAAAGGGUUUAUAAAUCAACUGUUACCAAACGUAUUUAAGUCCCACGCGUGGGGUAUUCUUCAUAAUUUGCUCGAUAUGUUCUCGUAUCGAAUACACCACAUCCAGCCUCACUACAGGGUCACGCUUCUAUCAAAUAUACACUCGCUAGCUGCUUAUCCACAGGCCAAUCAAAAUCAGCUACAGUUAUGUUUUGAAAGCACAGCGUUAAGGCUCAUAACUAGCUUGGGCAGUUCUGGAGUCCAGCUCCAAAUGUCGAGGGUCGUCUCUGAGCCGAAGUCACUCGUGUCCAGUGAGAGUGAAGAGCUCAACCGAGUACUUGUUCUCACUCUAGCGAGAGGAAUAUAUAUGACUGGAGCGGGCAACGACGGCGCGGCUGUCAAAGAAUUACUGACUACGAUCAUGACGAACACGCCGCACUUGUGGUCGCAGCACACUCUGCAAUGCUUCCCGCCGGUACUCGUCGAGUUCUUCUCGCAGAAUCCGGCGCCCAAAGAGAACAAGCAGCUCCUAAAGAAGUCGGUAGAAGAAGAAUACCGCAAGUGGACGUCUAUGGCUAACGACAAUGACAUAAUAUCGCACUUCUCAGUACCCGGAACUCCGCUGUUCCUGUGUCUCUUGUGGAAGAUGAUUUUUGAAACAAAUCGGAUCAAUCCUAUCGCUUUCAAAAUCCUGGAACGUAUCGGAGCUCGUGCGUUAUCGGCACACCUCCGUAAGUUUUGCGAUUACCUAGUAUUCGAAGUUACCAAUCCCGCCGGAGGACCUCAUAUAAACAAGUGUGUGGACGCGAUCAACGACAUCAUAUGGAAAUACAACAUAGUGACGAUCGACAGACUUGUUUUGUGUCUCGUCCUCCGUCCAAAUCCAGACGGCAACGAGAGUCAAGUGUGCCUUUACAUCAUUCAGCUGUUGCUGUUGAAGGGUUCCGAACUAAGAAACAGGGCGCAGGACUUCGUCAAAGAGAACUCGCCGGAGCAUUGGAAGCAAAAUAAUUGGUACGAACGUCAUUCCACCUUUCACCGCAAGUACCCAGAGAAGUUCGCUCCAGAAGAAACAAGUGGAGCUUACGGUGGACCGAUACCAGUUUACCUCAGUAACGUCUGCCUAAGAUUCAUCCCCGUGAUGGACAUAGUGGUGCACAGAUACUUGGAGAUACCGCAGGUCAGCAAGAACCUUGAACAGCUACUGGAACACCUGGGAUAUUUGUACAAGUUUCAUGAUCGUCCUGUGACCUUCCUCUACAAUACAUUACAUUAUUACGAGUCCAAGUUACGUGACAAACCUCUUCUCAAACGGAAGCUAGUCAAUGCUGUACUGGGUUCGUUGAAAGAUGUUAGGUCCGCCGGAUGGGCCACCACGGAAACAUUCCAGACCUACCUCGCUAAGAACGAGGUUGAAGCUACGACCUGGGCUCCAGAUUUGAACUACUAUCUAAGCUUGAUUAACCGUAUGGUUGAUAAUCAUCACAUCAACGAUUUCUUUAAUGAAAUCCCAGCGAUGAUGGGUAACUCGCACUUCCCAAACACGGAUUGGCGUUUUAACGAAUACCCGAACCCGUCCGCGCAUUGCCUUUACGUGACCUGCGUGGAGUUGAUGUCACUGCCAGUUACACCAAACAUCGUUGGGAAUAGCCUUCUCGAUGUCGUCACGAAGGGCUUUGUCGUUAUACCAUCAACGAAAAUUCAACUCUGGAUAAACGCAAUAGGGAUCAUAAUGGCAGCGCUACCGGACCCAUACUGGACGGUCAUACACGACCGUAUUUUGGAAUUGAUAACGAAUAACGAUAUGGUAGAAUGGUCGUAUCCGCACACUCCGUUCCAACUGUUCAAUUUGACGACCACUAACGAUGCAAUGCUGGAGAAUAAGUACAGUUUGACGCUGGCUUUGGCUCACGCUGUUUGGUAUCACGCUGGCGCCGGACAGAUAAUGCAGGUUCCUACGUUCGUCAAAGAUAAAAUAUCGCCCGAGAUACGUACAGAGAUGCAACUUAUUUUCCUGUGCCACCUCGUGGGACCUUACUUGCAAAGAUUCAACUCGGACCUGUCCCGAGCGGUGAUGGACAUCACCAUCGCACUGUACGAGUUGCUGGCUCAUAUCGACAAAACUCAACCACAUUUGCAGUAUAUCGACCCUAUCUGCGAUUUGCUUUAUCACAUUAAAUACAUGUUCGUUGGCGACACAAUGAAGAACGAAGUCGAAAGCGUCAUACGUAAAUUGCGUCCCGCUUUGCAAAUGCGUCUUCGUUUCAUCACGCAUCUCAAUGUUGAACAAAUAAAUACCGCCUAGCAGAACGACUACUACAGCUACACGCCUUCGAGCUCAAGUUCCAGCUCCGAGUGACAGGCGUCGCUGUAGUGACCAAAGUGAAGUGAAGUGACACACAAAAUUGUUUUCAAGUGAAUCGAUAUUGUUCGAUGGCGCCUGAUAAAGUAUUAUACAGCUCAGUGAUCUUACCAUCCAUUAGUUUUAAUGUAGGCUGGGUUUACAUGUGGUAGUUAUACCAUUUUUUUUAUACAUUUUCGUAUAAAUCUUUACUGAAUUGAUGUUGUUUCUAUUACUUUAAAAGUAAAUUGCUAUAUAUAUGAACAAAUGUACUAUAAACUUAAACUAAUGCCAAUUUUCAAUUCUAGAGGCUCGUAAUACUAAACUUUUUAAUUUGUAUGUUACAUUAACAUUUGAGUUAUACACCAGUAAAAUUAAUAUAUUUGACAAUAGUGGUGCCCAUACACAAUGACAUACAAGUUAGUACAUGAGCAUCGGUAUAUGAAACAGAAAAUCGAUCUGGUUAAAACACACCAGGUAAAGCAUAUGUCACAACUAUACAAUUUUCAAUACCCACAUAAACCUGUAUAUUAUUGCAUGUAUGGCCAUUACAAAGAACAAUUUAAAAUUAAAUGUUAUUUCGUUUGGAUAUAAUUUUAUUGCAGUCUCAUGAAUAGAAGAUUCUAAACAUGACCAAAGUAACAGCACAAACAUACUAAAUAGAUGUGUUAGAACGCUAGUUUAUUGACCUUAAGUGAAUUGUAAGUCUUUUAUUUUAAUGUUAGACAGCUUAACUGAAGUGACAAUGUAAUUUAAGCCAGAAUCGAAGUAGAAUUACUUAUAUAUUUAUUAUAUAUGGUCUUACAGUUAGUACAAAAUAUAUAAAUGAUUAUUAUAAUGACAAACUUUGCUUAAUAGUAAGUGAAAGCAAUAAAACAACGUACAAUAUUUGUUAUAAUCAAUAAUGAAAAGGAAAUUAUUAGUCUUUUGACAAUUAAAUAUAAAAUGUUAUAAUUACUGACAACAGUUAAUGGAACGCUGGUGUCGAGUCUCAUAAGUAAUAUAAACAAACGAAACGAGAAUAUAUUUUUUGAUAUAUAUAAAUAUAGCUACAUAGUGGGUGUCGUCGAUAAUUCUGGAAUAUAGAAUGUUAGGAAGCGAACAGUAAGGUACUUCGUUUUGUGCAACAUGUUAAUGUCAGUUAUUAUAUACAUAAUGUUACAUUGUCAAUCACUUGUCUCGGUGCCUUAAAAGCAGUUAUUUAAUAAUGAUCUCGGGCCGCUCAAUUAUACAUGCGUCAUGUUGUGAUUUUGGUAAAAAAUGAUUUAAUGAAAAAAUAAAUCAUCAAAUAAAUAACAUGUACAUAAGUUUUGUUUUUAAUAUUAAUAAUAAUGGUAUCAUAAAUCAGAACAAAAAAUCAUACUACUUUAAAAAAAUCUUUAUUUGUAUUUUUAUAGAAGUUAAUAGUAUUUUAUUAAUAACAUACAAUUUAUCUUAAAUCACAAUACAAACAUCACAAACUAUAUACUUAGUAAGUAUAUUAUGUAACUUAAGUGUACUUUCUCACAAUUGCUUUAAAAAUAUAUGAACAUCAUACUUUAUGAAAUUGUGUAAUUAUAUAAUUGAUCAUCUAAAUAAGAAGUCGAGUUUCAUAAAAAGUAGCAUGGCCUUUAAAUGUAUGCCAGAAUGAAUGAUACAUUUAAUUCAUUCAAAAAUGUUCCUUAUUCUUUAUUCUAAAGUUAAUUAAAAUAUUUGCUAUGGAUUUCAAAUUAAUUUUGUUUUUUUACCAUAUAAUUUAUAAAUAUAUGACUGCUUUACAACAUUAUGUAACAUUGCAUGAAUUUGAAUAUAUAAAAGCAAUGAAACAAAUUUUGACUGUUAUAUGUACAUAUAUAAAAUUAUGUAACAAGUGAGAAUUAUGUUUUAAUAUAACUGCCACUCUGAAGCAGGUCACCAAGGAACUUUUUGGGGAUUUAGUUUACCUUGUGUAAAUAAAUUCAAGCUAAAAUAAGUUUUUUUUUUCAAAUAUAUCAUGGAAAUUCUACUAAAACAAAACAAUAACCAAGCUUCAGGGCGGCAAAUAUUAAAUGUAUCUAUUAAUAAUAAUUAAUAUUCGAAAACUGCCUAACUAUCAAAGCGAGCACUAGAAAGUAAGCCGUUAUUUAGGUUUUUAAAUAAGUAAGGUUUUUGAUAAUAAUUAGGUAUUAUGUAAGUUUAUCACUCGAAAUGGAAAAAAAUGACCACAAUACAAUCGCACAUUAAUCACAAUCAAAUGCAAUAUUUUCUUAGGUAAUCACAAAUUAAGUUUUAAUACAGUCCUAUCCAAAACGUAAAGAUUAAAGCUUUAUUUAAUAACUAAUUAUUUAAUAUAAUAAUGUAGGAAUUGAAUUUUUUAUGUUACAAUACAAAAAUGAUUAUGAAACUAAAAUUCCUAAUUGCUUCUAUAUUUUCAUGAACAUUUAAACAACUAUCAUAGUUUAAGUGAAAUAAAUUUUGAU